GCUGAUCAACAAGAAGGGGAAUUUUUCCACUGAAAGAUAUUAUACUGAACACAAAGGAGAAAUAUAUGAUCACGAUGUGGUUUAAAAAUACACUUUGUGCCUUUUUUCUUACAAAUAAAGAAGCAGAUAGUUUGAGUUUUGUGUGUUUGGAAUGUUCACAACUUUACUAACAAAAUAAUAUCUGCUUUAAUUUAUUUUUAUUUGCUAGACUUGUGUACGACUAAAAAUAGCAUUUUAACAGAAGGAAGUAAAAUAUCCUUUUGCAAGGUUAACGAAUAUUGAAGCGUGUUUGAGUAAAUAAAGUUGUUUUCAGUUCUGAAUUUAAGAGGACAUUAACUUGGUUCAUCUUUUAACAUGGUGAAAACCAUGUUCUUGUGAAAUUUAAUGUUUAUGUGAUUAACAUGUUAUUUUGAAUUUAUAUGUUCAUAACAGAGGUAAAGAAUAUGAACAGUUUAGAUUAACAGUAUAGUAAAUCCGCUCUAACAUCAUUUGUAUUUAAGUAUGGAUAAUAUUAGACGUAAGCAGUCUGGUAGAUCAGAUUCAAAAAUGUCAUCAGACGUAAACAUGUGCUCAAAACCUCUUCAAAAAUACAAUGACAGCAUUCCUAUUACGGAUGCGCUAAAUUUCACCUUGACCUCUUUGACUGAGAGGGUGGAGGAUCUGUCAAGGUCAAAGAGUGGUGUGGUUAGUAUGGAUACUGAGGCUGGUACUGCAAUAUAUGUUCGUUUGCUUCCAGAGUCCGGUGAUACCCAGCUGCCUACAUGGAAGACAUACUUGUAUCAGCUACAAAAUGAGGCUCCUAAACCCAAAGUGAUAGCCUGCAAGCGUGAGCAGCCUAACAGACCAACAUACUACAGUGUUGAGUAUCAUGGGCUGAUCAGCAGAGAGGAGGCUGAGGACUUGUUGACACUGGGUGGAGACGGGAGUUACCUGGUUAGGAAGAGCGACCGGGGACCUCAGGCAUUCACACUGGCAAUCAGAUUCGAUCAUCAGACCAAAAACUAUAAGUUAUACUAUGAUGGACUACAUUAUGUGGGUGAAAAGCGGUUUGAAACCGUGGAACAAUUAGUGGCUGAUGGACUUAUCCACUUUUACAUUGAGUCUCGAGCCGCUGACUACAUAGCUUCUCUAUCAGAGGAGUCCAACUAUGCACAGUCACCAUACUUAGCAUACUCAGUGAAAAAGAAACGGCUUCAAAAGUCUCGAAAUCACGCUGCCAAUCACCGGAUAGAUGGAGCGCAACCCUUGUCCAAUGAACAGCUGCAGUCCAUACCCACUUCUGUGGAUAAUGAUGUAGAUAAUGUGGAUGCAGAUGUGGAUGUGACAGAGUUUGAGAAGCCACAUGUCUUCAAGACCCACAACUUCACUGGCCUCCACUGGUGUGACUUCUGUGCAAACUUCAUGUGGGGGUUGAUAGCACAGGGCUCCAAAUGUCAAGAUUGUGGUUUCGAGGCACACAAGAAGUGCUCAGAAAAGGUCCCCAAUGACUGCAUGCCGGACAUCAAGUAUCUCAAGUCUGUGUUCGGGCAGGACCUGACCACAGUGAUCAAGGCACACAAGUCGCCCAUACCAAUGGUUGUGGAGCGGUGUGUCAAGGAAAUUGAAUCUCGAGGCAUGACAUGUGAAGGUCUGUACAGAGUGGCAGGGUCACAUGACGAGGUAGAGGAGAUACGCAUGGCAUUUGAUAAGGAUUGUGAGAACACCGUCAUCACGUCAGCAAGAUAUGAGGAUGUGAACACUAUUACUAGUGUGCUGAAACUUUACUUCCGUCUUCUUCCCUUACCUCUCAUUACUUUUGAUGCAUACCGAAAAAUCAUGGAGGCCAUGAAUCGUGAAGAGCAAAAAGACAAGUUGCUGUUGAUGCGAGAAGGGCUUGCCAUCCUGCCACCUGCACAUUACCAGACCCUAAAAUAUCUCAUUAAUCAUUUAAUACGGGUGACAGAGAAGAAGGCAAAGAACAUGAUGUCUUCGGAGAACCUGGCUAUUGUGUUUGCGCCCACGCUGAUGAGAAGUCCUGACACAGAUCCCAUGUUGAACCUCAUGUCUGUCGGUGCAGAGCAGACAGCCACGGGGAUUUUGUUAUCUUGUAGCAAGGAGCUCUUCUUGAAAUGAGCCUAUCAUUGUUUUGUCUUGGAUUACAUGUACUUGAAUUAUAAAAUCGCCUCAUUCGUGCAAAAUGGUACCAUGUGACAUUGAAAUUAGAAGGCACUUGAUACAUUUUUGCACCAAUAAGGCAAAAUAAUAUUUCUGCGCUCAGUGCAAAACUUUGCUUUGAUAUGUAUCCACCAAUCAGUGAUAGCAUUAUUUUAGAUUGACCCGUCAAUGGUGACGCAAGCCUAUUUUGCUGUUUAAGAAGAAAUAUAAAUGGAUUGUUAAUUUUAUCCAAUAAACAAAGCAAAAUAUUCUAAUUCAGCUUGCAGCUUAGUUUAAUAGCUUGUUCAUUUCAAUUACAAAAAUAUUUGUCACAUCACCUUAGGAUGUUUUUAAAAUGCAAUCAUCAUUGAUUCAUAAUCCAAGUAUUAUUUAUGUAAGUCAUCCGACCCAAAAUAAUUGUUUAUUGUUAGAACUUUAUUUGAACAUAAGAAGCAGAAGAGUUUUCUUCUUGUAUAACUAAGUUAAAGAACAUCAUUUAACAUAGCCUGUUAAAUCAGGACAAUAAAUUAACUUUAGUGGUAAUGUUUAAGAAAAAUGGGGCUAAACAAUCAGUGAAGAUUUCAAAUGUGUGCCAAAAAGAAGCUAUAUUUGACACUUGUUGUUGGGAUUUCAUAUUGACAUGCCAGUAUAUAAAGAAUACUUAAUGGCCAAAAGCUACACUAUAACAUUCUUCCAUGUAAAUACACUUUCUUUCUUUAAAUAUAUCCUUGUGUAAAUUGUACAUGAUUGCAAUCAAGGAGAUCUUUCUGUCUGAAAAUACUUGAAACAUUUGACAGUUCAAACAAGUAUACAUGUAGUCUCUUCAUUGAUUGUUCAAAUGGUGCUAAAUUGCAGCCAUGCAAAUGCAUACUGAAGUUGCAAUCAUUAUGACUAAGUGUGUCAAACUUUGCAAAAUUCUAUGUUUCCAUAUAUAUUUGGUAUAGUUGUAAAAUUAUAAAUGUAUUUUUAGAUAACCGAAAAUAAUUUCUUAUAUAAGAUGAUUUCUCGAUAUCAGGAAAUAUGACCAACUGCAAGAUUUUCUGAUUUCUAAAUAAUGAUGUCUUGAAAUCAAGAAAAACAUUUGUUUAUAUCAACAAAUCAUCCCUUUAUAUCAAGGAAUGUAAUAAAAGACUUAAAAGGCACACUAUAUUUUGUUGGAUUUCAACCAACUGAGAUGGACUAGGCGAAAACACAUAAACUCGAUGUGAGAGCAACAUAUUUCAAUGCAAGAUGGAGAUAAUAAUUUUGUGAUUCUGCAUUUGAAUUUUGCAUCGUUAUGUAAUCAAAUACUAUAGAGUUCACAAGUUUUUGCACAUGUAAUCCAUAGGAUGAUUGUAAGAAUCAAUGCCCCCUAAGGAACACUAUAACAGAGUGACAAAAAAAACUUGAACUCACUUCAAAUGUACUUACCUAGUGGUUAAAACAUCUAUCACAUAAAUAUGGAAUUGCACACAAGUGAAAUGUUUAGAAAAAGCAAAUAGUUUUUUCUUCAUAGACAUGGCAUUUUCGCCCCCAAAAAAGCCAUACGUAAAUAUAAAUUAGUAAUAUGUUGUUUAUAAUACAAAUACUUGUAUGAACUUUUCUAACAUAAAAGCUUAAUUUUUACCACAUUAAUAUUAAAAUUAACAACACAAAUAUUAUUUUUUGAUAACAAUAUAUUUACAAAUGUACCACACAAUCAUUGGAAUAUUGGAUUUUGCAAAGUUUGGCACACUAUAAGUAUGUUACAAUUUAUGUUUUAUAUCAAUAUUAUUUACAUUGUAAAAGUUGUAUGCACCAUUAAAUAAGUACGUUGCCAUGACAUUGAAUGCUGGUUGCAUGUCUGAGCGUGCUACUGUUCUACACAAUUUCAAGACUCAGCCACUUCAGAGAUUCUACAUUUAUGUUUUAACAGUUUGCUUUUCUAUUUUGAUUGCAAUGUCACCAUGAGUUUUUAUAUUUAAUAUUGAAAUGUUACUGUAAGCUUUGAAUUGUCUUCAUGCCUCAUAAGUUUUAUGCUUUCAUUGUGAAUUAACAGGAUAUUGAGUAUUGAGAUUAACAAAAUUGCCAUGAAUUGCACAAACGAAAAUCAAAUGCAUUGAUGCCAUUUUCUACAAAUUCCCAGUAAUUUAGUUUGGUAAAAAUAUGCUUUAAACAUUCAAUCAUUUGGCACCCAUGAAGCAUUUGAGUAUGAGACAAAAGUUAUUGACCAGCCAGCAUUAUAUCCCCUGCAAUCAAAAUACAUUUCUUAUUUAAAUAGCAAAAAAUGGAGCAUUCCAAUUUAUGAUUAUUCAAUGUUCAACUCUCAUCAAUUAAAUUGUUGAGUACUUCUGAAUUUUGCUUUUUAUGAGGUUUGUUAUAUGUAUGGCAUUAUUGCAUUUUUCCAUAUGACACCAAUUGACUGUAUAUGUUUAUUUAACAAUGUUUAUUUUUACACCCAAGGACUUCCAUAAUCAAGCAUUUUGGCAAACAUGUUUAUAUUUGUGGCAUUAUUUUGUAUGACCGUCAAUUGUUAAUUGUUUUUAUUGACACAUUCAAAGGAAUUCUGAAAUUGCUGUAUGCACCUCAUUCUGUCUGACAGGUAGCUGUGUGUUUAAUGCAUUGUUAAAUAACGUUAUCCCAUGGUUUAUUAUCCCCCGCAACAGGCGGAGGGAUUUUGUUUUGGCGUUGUCCGUCCAUCCUUCCGUCUUUCCGUCUGUCCGGAGCCAUAUCUUGGAAGUUCUUUGGCGGAUUUCAUUGAAACUUGGUAUGUGUAUAUAUAUGAAUAAAAGGAUGAUGCACGCCAAAUGGCAUUGUACACAAUCUGUUAAUAACGGAGUUAUGGCCCUUUGUAUCUUGAAAAAAUGCUUUUUUGUGUAUCUGAGCCAUAUCUUGGAAGUGCUUUGGCCGAUAUCAUUCAAACUUGGCAUGAGUACCGGGGUAUAUAUAUGGAUAAGAGGAUGAUGCACCCCAAAUGGCAUUGCACACCAUCUGUUAAUGAAGGAGUUAUUGCGCUUUGUAUCUUGAAAUAAAAUGCUUUUUUGAGUGUCAAAUAUAUAACACUUUUGUGUCCAGAAGCAUAUUGGCCAAGUUAUAAAUUGAACGAAUUUGCUUGUUUGGUGUGUUUUUUGAUAUGCAGUGAUUUAAAGCUGAAUUUCAGUACAUAGUUAAGUGGUACAUGUAGUUUACAACAUUUUACCAUAUGUGUUAAAAUGAAAUAGACACAGUUGACUUGAAUUGUUCUUUGAACAUUGAGCUGAAUUCUAAUUUCCCUUUAAAUUUGUGUUAUAUCACUACUAAUAUUAAGUGUAAUAAAAAUAAGAAUGUAUUAAAAGUUAUACACCUGUUUUACACUUGUUUGCAAAGUUAAAUGUGUUUUAAACAAUAACACUCUUUUGAUUCAACAGGAUUUUCUUCCAAGGUCAUAUUGGCGUGCAAUCUUAUAUUGAAUAUUUGUAAAACUCUUUGAGUUGAGAGUAUCGUUGUGUCAAGAAAAACCUUUGAUUUAAAGAUUUAUAACCAAUAUGUUAGUGUUAUUCAUCAUUAUGAAUUGCUUUCAUUCUUGUAUCAUUUAUUGUGUCCCAUAUACCACGAGAUUACUGUCUGUUAGACAAUCAGCAUGUGGCAAUUCCAUGUAUGUUGGUGUAUAUGCAUCAGCCAUAUUGCAAGCUAAACGAAGUUAGCAUACUCACUUGAAAAAACAAGUGUCAGCAUACAUAUACUUAUCACAGAAUUUUUUUCUGUGCAUGUACUAGUAUAUUAAAUUAUUAAUCAAGUAAUGACAAACCUUUGUUUCUUUCAGUUAACCUGGUAGUGGUUUCUUAAGUAAUGUAUUUUGGAAUCUAGAAACCUUCUACAUAUUGAUUUCCAAAAAACAUUCACUAAACCGACAUCUUACAUACUUGAUAUUUUUGUUGCUUUACUUAUGAGUCUCUUACUGGUGAACAUGAACGGGAGAAUAAGUCUACCCUCAGUCUGUGCAUCCGUGCAUCUGUUGCUCUGUCAGGCGGAAUCUGAAUCCUGCAGUGGCUAUUAAUUAGUUCAGCUUAGUUAAUGAAUCCUUCAAUAAUGCUAGAGAGCCAUAUGGGUAAUAUGCACGCUAUUUCAGAUUUGUCCCCCUAAAAAUGUGAUUGCUAUCAUAACAGCAAGAAAAGACAACUCUUUGAAAAAAAAUCCUGCAAUAACUAGAAAUUACUAUUACUUAGCUAGGUUUCUAAAUCUCGUCGAGGAUAAGGUCUAUAUGGGUAAUAUGCAUGUUUCACUUAUUUUUGUAAAACAAAAAAUGUUGCUGCAGGUACAGAAAUAAGUUAAACUGUCCAAUAAAACCUGGAUUCUGCCAUCACUUAAGAAUUACUCAAGCUAAGUUGAUGAAAUUGAGAGAGCUGUUAAUGUUUCUAUUGUUUGUUCCUCUUUAAUAAUAAUGCUGAAUACUAUUUUGUAUUUUAAUAAAAAAGAUUUGGUAAACUUUCAUACAUGUUUAGCAGUCUCUAACAUAAUUAUACUGUUGUAGAAGCUGUCAUUAAUACUUUGAAAAUAUUUAGUCAACAUAAAUAUUGUCAGAUAUAAAGUCAGUAUUAUUUGGAUACUGGAUAGUGAAAAAUUUUAAUUGAUGAAACUUCAUUGUUUGUUUAAAUCAUCAAUUUCUGUCAAGUGCAAUAUUGUGUAGCAUACAAUUGUAGAUUGCAUAUCUGUUGUGUUGUUUUCACUGAUAUUAUAUUAAUUUAUGAUAUAUGUUUUUUUUAUAGUUUGUUUAUUGAGGUUUUGAAAUAUUUCUUUCGUAAGAACAUUAAUUUAAUAAAAAAUAAAGUAUUUCAUUUUUGAAUUUGUGUCUAUGCAUGGUUACAACCUGACAGAACGUCACAACCAUAUGGAAAGUUUCACAUUUUUUACUGGAAAAUAAACUAUUAUCUAACUAUAGAGUAUUAAAAAAGCAUCUUUCGAAUCUGUUUGCAUGUAAUGCUGUUUUUAUUGGCAAAAAAUAAUGCUUUGGAUAUGAUAUGACUGUUUGUUAUACAAAAUUAUGUUGCAACAUUUAGUAUUACAGUUUACCAAGUGCAAAUCUUUGAAAUCAACGCAUCAUGGACAUGAUCUUAAUUAUGUCAAAAGUUAACUUUGCAUAACUUAAAAUUAUGAAUAUAAGAGGUAUAUGAAUUAGAAAAUGAACUGUUGAAACAGUCCUCAACUGAGCAACUGUUCCAUAAAUAUUGUGACUUUGUUACUUGGUAAAGGGGCGUCCUGUCUUAAAGUCUCUAUAACGCUCAAAAUCAACGAAAAUUUUGUAAAGUAUUUCGUAAAAUAAAGUUAACACCUAAAAUAUCAGUGUUCCUUAUAGCAAUAGCCACAAUUUCAACGCUAGAUGUGGUAUAAUUACAUAGAUUGUUGUAGAUACAAAAUGCUGGUUUGUAUUUAUUUGUGACCACAAUAAAUUCCAUGUUAAUUUCCUGCGAAUAUAUCUAUUGAUACGACACACGAACACUAAAAUGGUGCCAUGUUAAAACCAUAAAAAAACGAGCAUUUUGUAUCCACAAACAUCUAUUUUACCAGACUACAUCUGGCGUUGAAAUUUCGACAAUGGCCAUUUGGAACAAUGAUUUUUAAUUGUUUAGCUUCAUUUUACGAAAUAUUUUACGAAUUUUUCGUUGAUUUUGAGUUGUAAUGUUACUUUAAGAGUUUUAAUUUCUUACCUAAUAGCUUAUUGACAAAAUUUUUGUAUUGUUUCAGUACUUUUCAAAUGUUUUAUUUUUGAUCCUUUACUUGUAAUUGUAAGAAAGCGAUAUAUGUACAGUACUUUUUACAACGAAUAUCUCUCGUCUUCAUAAUUUUUUUUAACAUAACUGUACAUAUUUGGCAGAAUAUGUAUGCGUAUUGUUAACAUAUUAAAUCAAAUAGUUGUCAUAUACAUUUAUCAUCUAUUAUGUAACCAGAUUUGCCCUGAAUUCUAACUGCAGUCUUGUAAGUUGCCAUAAUUUCAAGGUUAUUUUUCUUUGACAUUAAGCAUGUAAAGAUGAUCUGCAUUUUACCUUGUAUCAAUAAGUGUUGGGACAUGUACUGUCUUUGUAUGAAGUUUUAGGCAAAUAAUAAUGUCUUUGUGUAUUGGUAGUUUUAAGUUGCUUUAAUUAUGUUUACUACUGUACUCAAUAUAAAAUACACAUGUAUGCCACAUAAUUAUAAUUAUUUUUUUGUUGUGUUUUUCUUUUCUUUUUUAUCACUGCAUGAUAUACAUAUGAACGAAAUGUCAAAAUCAUAGAUGUUGUAUUAAAACAUUGAAAUAAAAUUGUUUAUGAUUC